AUGACCACUUGCAAAGUAGCAGCAGCUGUAGGCUGUCCGCCCCACCAGGAGCUCCAGAGCCUCUCUGUUCCCAGCUGCAUGGAAAGAAUGGAAUGCAAUGGGAUUGUGGACCGGAAAUCUCUUCAAGGGCAAAAGAAGAGGAAACUUAAACUUGCUGGAAAAUAUGACUCCAUACAUUUCCUGCUUUUGCCAUGGAAGAGCAAUAGUAAUCCCAAAGAGAGCGUUUUCUUUAGGAACUAUGUGAGCUUGGGAGAAGACAAAGGUUGCCGGCAGGGGAAUGAAUCGGAAGAGACCGGCCAGGACGAUGACAAUGUAACACGCUGGGACCCGCGGCAGAGCAAGCAGUCUAGCAGGGCGCGGCGGGGCGGGCUUGGAGCUCGGCUGCACUCCCUGCAGUGGCAACCUCGCCAUCAAUGCGGCAGUGUUCAGGCACUAAAGAGCAGAAGGACUCAUGGCAACAGUCAAGCUGCUGAUGGAGAGUCUGAAGCAAAGGUAACAGAAGUUCCUGAAGUGCAUCACAGGAAAGAGUUCUGCCAUUGGCCCUGCCAGUGCCCUCAGAAGAAGCCCAGGUGCUCACCCGGGGUGAGCCUGGUGAAGGAUGGCUGUGGAUGCUGUAAAAUCUGUGCUAAGCAGCGUGGGGACACCUGCAAUGAGGCGGAGGUCUGUGAUCCCCACAAAGGUCUUUACUGUGAUUAUUCGGUGGACAAGCCUAGGUAUGAGACAGGAGUGUGUGCAUAUCUCAUAGCUGUAGGAUGUGAACUCAACAAGGUGCAUUAUCACAAUGGCCAAGUUUUUCAACCUAAUCCCCUAUACAAAUGCUUAUGUGUGAGUGGUGCCAUUGGGUGUACCCCCUUAUUUAUACCAAAGCAAGUGGACAGUCAAUGCUCUGGCCCUAAAGGUGGCAAAAAGUCCGACCAAUCCUACUGCAGCUUGAAACUGCUGCAACAACAGAUCUCAACAAGCUACCAAACCAUGCCAGUAUAUAAGAAUCUCCCACUUUUCUGGAAGAGGAAAUGCCUUGUGCAGGCCACAACAUGGACACCUUGUUCUAGAACAUGUGGGCUAGGAAUAUCCAAUAGGGUGACCAAUGAAAAUAGUCACUGUGAAAUGAGGAAAGAGAAAAGACUUUGUUAUAUUCAGCCUUGUGACAGUAACAUAUUAAAAGCUGUGAAGAUACCCAAAGGAAAAACAUGCCAGCCUACUUUUCAACUUUCUAAAGGAGAGAAGCUUUCCUUUUCUGGAUGCUUGAGUACUCAGAGCUACAAACCAACUUUCUGUGGAAAAUGCUUGGAUAAGAGAUGCUGCAUUCCCAAUAAGUCUAAGAUGAUAACCAUACAAUUUGAUUGCCCAAAUGAAGGGUCAUUUAAGUGGAGGAUGAUGUGGAUCACCUCUUGUGUAUGUCAAAAAAUCUGCAGGGAUCCGGGGGAUAUCUUUUCUGAACUUAAGAUUCUAUAAAGAGUUUUAACUAAAAAUAGUAAAUAUUAAAUAUUAGUAUAAGCAUAA